CCGACCACUGAUGAUAGACGCACUCACGGCUCUGCAGCCAUAGCAGCCAAACACGACGGCGUAAACAAAAACGGAUUGCAGAAAUAUUUUUCUCGCUGAAGAGAUCUUUAUGAAGGAAUAUUACCUUUCCUUUUUGAAAUAGGGUUGCGUUUACCUGACACUUGUCCCUACAAAGCCAGCUGUACGUGAAACUAGCUAAGGUCGCUAGCAUUGCCUAAACGCUGACGUUAGCUAACUGCAUUGCAUGCUAGCUAGGGUAGCUUUAGCUAGUUAACAGUGUCUAGCCGCUAUCUUUUGCAGUUUGGGAAAAUACUAAACAUAAUAAUAGUUUGCUGGUGUAGUUUAGCAAGGAAACUUACCCUGCUAAUGUUAUUAGCUAGUUCUAGCUAACGUUACAAGCGGGACAAUAUUUGUAUUGCUUUUAAAUAUUUUUUUAUGAAUUUUUAUCUUAUUAACACUUUGUUUUAGCUAGCUAUUUGUGUAGGUWGAUAUCAARUAAACACAAUGAUAUAGUUMGAGAAGCAACAAGUACACUCACUAGUACGGACAGUACUAGCUGUGUCGGUAGUGUUUUUAGUUUGACAAUCCAACGAUGYCUAAGAAUGGCGCUUUUAUUGGCCCCUAGGCCUAACUCAUGCAGCUGUAUGAUGAUAAUGAGCUGAAAUGCCGACUAGAGGCAUUUGAUCCAUUCAGAAUCGCUGCUACAUGACUCUUUUCCGCCAAUUAUCUGAGUUUGGACAGCAAUGUUUAGUCUGAUGGCGAAUUGUUGCAACUGGUUGAAACGCUGGCGGCAGCCCGCAAGG